ACAAGUCAGAGUGGUGAGACGAACCCCGGGCUCCCCCGAUCCAGACCCCGACCCCCUCCUGUCCCAACCUCCCUCUCCAGAUGCGCUGCCCCCCGGCGCCCUGACAGCUGCGGAGCCACAGUGGGCGCGCGGCUCGCAGGACUGCUAUGCCCAGGACUCGGCUCCCCGUCUGCGGCCGGCCAGAGGGAGCGAUGAGCUGCCUGUGAACCUGGAGGCCCUGUGGUGGGGGGAUCAAGCACCUUCCUCAUCGAGCCCCCCACCACCGCCCCUUCCCGGACCCCUUCCCCAAUCCCCCGGCUAGGACCGAGACACUGAGGCCAUCGCUAAAGGUUCCUGGCCCAUCAGGAGGACCCCUGCAGCUGUGGUGGAAGCCAGCAGCUAAAUCUUGUGUAUGGCGUGGUCAAAGUUGCGGCCCCUCACCUCUGCCUUCCUCCACUUUGGGUUGGUUACUUUUGCGCUCUUCCUCAAUGGUCUGCGGGCAGAGGCUAGCACAGCUGGGGACGUGGAGAGUCCGGGCCAGAACAAUGAGUCCUGCUCAGGGUCAUCAGACUGCAAGGAGGGUGUCAUUUUGCCAAUCUGGUACCCGGAGAACCCUUCCCUGGGGGACAAGAUUGCCAGGGUCAUUGUUUAUUUUGUGGCCCUGAUCUACAUGUUCCUUGGGGUGUCCAUCAUUGCUGACCGCUUCAUGGCAUCGAUUGAGGUCAUCACUUCUCAGGAGAGGGAGGUGACUAUCAAGAAGCCUAAUGGAGAGACCAGUACGACUACUAUUCGGGUCUGGAAUGAAACAGUCUCCAAUCUGACCUUGAUGGCUCUGGGUUCCUCUGCCCCAGAGAUUCUCCUGUCUCUGAUUGAAGUCUGUGGUCAUGGGUUUAUUGCUGGAGACCUGGGGCCCUCUACCAUUGUAGGCAGUGCAGCCUUCAAUAUGUUCAUCAUCAUAGGCAUCUGUGUCUAUGUGAUCCCGGAUGGGGAGACCCGCAAGAUCAAACACCUUCGAGUCUUUUUUAUCACUGCUGCAUGGAGUAUCUUUGCCUACAUCUGGCUCUACAUGAUCCUGGCAGUAUUUUCACCAGGUGUUGUUCAGGUGUGGGAAGGCCUUCUCACUCUCUUCUUCUUUCCUAUAUGUGUCCUCCUGGCCUGGAUGGCUGAUAGACGACUACUCUUCUACAAGUACAUGCACAAAAAAUACCGUACAGACAAGCACCGAGGCAUCAUCAUAGAGACAGAGGGUGACCAUCCCAAGGGCAUUGAGAUGGACGGGAAGAUGAUGAAUUCUCACUUCCUAGAUGGGAACCUGGUAACCAUGGAGGGGAAAGAAGUGGAUGAGUCUCGUAGAGAAAUGAUUCGGAUCCUCAAGGACCUGAAACAAAAGCACCCGGAAAAGGAUCUGGACCAGCUGGUGGAGAUGGCCAACUACUAUGCCCUUUCCCAUCAGCAGAAGAGCCGAGCCUUCUACCGGAUCCAAGCCACCCGCAUGAUGACUGGAGCAGGCAACAUCCUGAAGAAACACGCAGCGGAACAAGCCAAGAAAUCCUCCAGCAUGGGCGAGGUGCAUACCCACGAGCCUGAGGAUUUUGUGUCCAAAGUUUUCUUUGACCCAUGCUCCUACCAGUGCCUGGAGAACUGUGGAGCUGUCCUCUUGACUGUGGUGCGGAAAGGGGGUGACACCUCUAAGACCAUGUACGUGGACUACAAGACAGAAGAUGGUUCUGCCAAUGCUGGGGCUGAUUAUGAGUUCACAGAAGGCACAGUGGUCCUGAAGCCGGGAGAAACCCAAAAGGAAUUUUCUGUUGGCAUUAUCGAUGAUGACAUCUUUGAGGAGGAUGAACAUUUCUUUGUUAGGCUCAGCAAUGUUCGCAUAGUGGAGGAGCAGCCAGAUGAAGGACUACCCCCUGGCACAAUCAACAACCUGCCCUUGCCGAGGGCUGUGCUGUCCUCCCCCUCUGUAGCUACAGUCACCAUUCUGGAUGAUGAUCAUGCAGGCAUCUUCACUUUUGAGUGCGAUGUUAUUCAUGUCAGUGAGAGCAUUGGGGUCAUGGAGGUCAAGGUCCUCCGGACAUCAGGUGCCAGGGGCACAGUCAUCAUCCCCUUUAGGACAGUGGAAGGGACAGCCAAGGGUGGUGGUGAGGACUUUGAAGACACCUAUGGGGAGCUGGAAUUCAAGAAUGAUGAAACUGUCAAAACAGUUCACAUCAAGGUAAUUGAUGAUGAGGAGUAUGAGAAAAACAAGAAUUACUUCAUUGAACUGAUGGGGCCCCGCAUGGUGGAUAUGAGUUUACAGAAAGCACUCCUGUUGUCUCCAGAUGUGACUGACAGGAAGCUAUCCAUGGAGGAGGAGGAAGCCAAGAGGAUAGCAGAGAUGGGAAAGCCAGUAUUGGGCGAGCACCCCAAAUUAGAAGUAAUCAUUGAAGAAUCCUAUGAAUUCAAGAGUACAGUGGACAAAUUAAUCAAGAAGACAAACCUGGCCCUGGUUGUGGGGACACAUUCCUGGCGUGAUCAGUUCAUGGAGGCCAUCACUGUCAGUGCAGCAGGAGAUGAGGAUGAGGAUGAAUCAGGAGAGGAAAGGUUGCCUUCCUGCUUCGACUAUGUCAUGCACUUCCUCACCGUCUUCUGGAAGGUGCUAUUUGCCUGUGUGCCCCCCACAGAGUACUGCCACGGCUGGGCCUGCUUUGUGGUUUCAAUCCUCAUCAUUGGUAUGCUCACUGCCAUCAUUGGCGACCUGGCUUCCCACUUUGGCUGCACCAUUGGCCUCAAGGACUCGGUCACAGCUGUUGUUUUUGUGGCCUUUGGCACUUCCGUCCCAGACACCUUUGCCAGCAAAGCAGCUGCCAUCCAGGAUGUGUAUGCUGAUGCCUCCAUUGGCAAUGUCACGGGUAGCAAUGCGGUUAAUGUCUUCCUGGGCAUUGGCCUGGCCUGGUCAGUGGCUGCCAUCUACUGGGCCCUGAAAGGACAGGAAUUCCACGUCUCAGCUGGCACCCUGGCCUUCUCUGUCACCCUCUUCACCAUCUUUGCUUUUGUCUGCAUCAGCGUUCUCCUAUACCGGAGACGGCCCCACCUCGGUGGGGAAUUGGGUGGCCCCCGGGGCUGCAGGCUGGCCACAACUUUGCUUUUUGUGACCCUGUGGCUACUGUACAUUCUCUUUGCCACACUGGAAGCCUAUUGUUAUAUCAAAGGGUUCUGAGCAGCCGAGGGCCAGUAGAUCUGAGGAACCUCUCAGUCUUACCACCCUCCUCCAGUGACCACCAGGAUGUUUGGCUGAGGAGACAAAGCACCAGACAUCCAUGUCAUUGGGGCACCAUCUUCUGCUUGAAUCUCCCCCAGUCUAGGCCCUGGGACUAACAGACAACAUGAAAGGUUAAAGUUGUAACCAAUUGAACUGAAAGACAAAAGAAGCCACAAAUUAUCAAGUAUUUAAAUACAAGCCAACAAUAGCAACAAAAUCAACUUCCACCUCCUUCCUACCCACAGUUCCAGCCUUCACAGCAGAGGAUCACACCCAUCUUCUUGCUGCUUUUCAGCUCCAUUGUAUUUGGUUGCUUCUUGUUCUCAAGAUCGGGAUUUCUCUUGUGGGUCUCUACUGGAUAUCAAACACACACACACACACACACACACACACACACUGUUUUCACGUCCAGCUGACAGGUUUGGGGGUGAAUCAGAUCAUAAUCAUUCAACUUGGCCUCUUUUUCUAAUUUGUGUUAUUAUUAUUGUUAUUGUUGUUAUUAUUAUUAUUAUUUGGUGUCAGGUUUACCUCAUUGUUUAUUCUCUCUUCCUCCUGACAUC